UCGGGCCAUUCCCGCGGUUCAUGCUCUCUCCUGCCUGCCUGCCUGCCUCCUCACCCUUGCCCUGCCAUUGUCGAUUCUUAGCCCCAGCCUCCUCUUCACGACCCAAUACCUGUCCUUCGCCUCUUCCACACCAGAGCCUUCCGUGCUCUUGCGUUGAGAAUGAACGCCAUGUUUACCUCCCCGGAGGGCUCUUCCCCGGCCGUCAUGCCCCUCCCGGCCAAUCCCCUCUCCGAAUACAUCACCGAGGCCAAGGUGGCCGUCGUAAACUCCCUGCACCAGUCUUUGCUGACAUCCUUCGAUGAUCCAGCCCGCCUGGCCGCCUGGAAGGAGCGUAGUGUCACCUUGAUCGACAUCCUCCAGGCGUCCGGGCCGAAUGCCCUGUCGCCCGAAGUGGAUUGGGCAGUCUUCGGAUCGAUCGCCGAUGCCGAGCCCCACUACGCCGCUCGGCGAAUUGCCCAAUUGGUGGAGCUUUGCAACUACCACAUCGUUUUCGGGGGGUUCCGCUCGCAGGGGACCGUUCCUGCGCGCCAGGCUAUGGACCUCCUCCGGCUCUACUAUACCCUCUGCGCUGGGGCUCUUUUCGACGCGGCAGCCCCACUCGACACCGCAAAGGCCAACCAUCCACAGGCGCUCACCUUUCCCACCUCCUACUUGAGCCCGCCCGAGAUGGCCGGCAGCAGCUUCGGCGCCGCAUACACCACCAUCAUGCACAAUGGGCCUCUCUUCCCGGGGCACAUCCGGUCGAUCAAUCAUGCCGCUCUACUUGGCCGUGCUCACUCGGACCUGAUCCUGGCGUCCAAUGCCUUCCCCAUGGACUGCGACUACCUCAACACCAUUCUCACCAAGGGCGAGAAUCUCAUCACUCGCCUGUUGGCCGCCAAACGCGCCUGUGACCGGUGCCAAAUGCCCUUCUCGCCCGAUGACCCAGACAAUCAGCCCUCAUCGAACGCAUGCCGGCAUCACCCCCGCCGGCCGAUGCGCAUGAACUUCGACAUGGUCCGGCCAUGCUGUGGGAAGUCCUCCACCUCGCCUCCAUGUGCCACCGGUCCCCAUGUCUUCCGGGCCCGCAGCCUAUCCGAGGUGGCCCUCAUGCCGCCGAUCCCCUUUGUGUGGCUCGGCCGACCGGGCCAGCGGCAAGUCCAUAUCAAGGCCCAUGCCAUUACCCCCUCGGCUGGUGUCUCCGCCGAAUCCCCCUCUCUCCUUUGGGCCGAUGUGACUGGAGCUCCCUUUUCUCCGGUCGGCGAGAUCCCGCUACAGCCGGGCGAGGUCCCGCCGGAGCGGUUUAUCCGCUUCCCAGUGUGCUACCCCCUGCUGGCCAUCGACUGUGAGAUGGUCAGCACCGAGUACGGGGUCCAGGCGGUCCGCGUGACGGCCGUCUGCACUUCGGAUGAGGUGGUGUAUGAUGUGCUCGUCCGGCCGAUGGGCCGUGUUUAUGACUAUCAGACAUCCCUGUCUGGCGUCAUGGAAACCGACUUUUCGGAGGGAUUCUUCUCUCCUCGUCUGGGGUUGCCGAUUCGCAGUUCACUGGCCGUGGUCCAGGCGGAUCUGGCCCGGUUGAUCACCCCCGGCUAUACGGUCCUCAUUGGACACUCGCUGGACAGUGACUUGACCAGCCUUCGGAUUGGCUAUGACCUGGUGGUUGACACGUCCAUCAUGACGCAGAACCCCGUUCGCCGGGGGGGGACCCCCUCUAGGCAGUUCUCCCUCCAUCCGAACAUCCCCUUCAAUCAGCGCCACUACAAGCAGGGCCUGCGCGUCAUCACCAGCUCCCUGCUCAAUCGUCAGAUCCAGCAGUCCGGUGCGGAUGGACACGACUCGGCCGAGGAUGCCAAGGCCGCGCGCGACAUUGCCCUGCUCAACCUCCCGCCGGCUGGCACCGCUGCUGGCCGCGGGUCCUUCGCCACCCUUUUGUCCACCGUGCGCACCCAUGCAGCUGGCUUGAAGUGAUUUGGCCGGUCGCGCAUCGGCGUGCGAGAUAGACGUAUGCGCCUCUGGUGCACAUGAGGUACAGCCACGCCCGCUCAUUCAUCCCCGUCAGGAGGACAGCCGGGCCAAUACACAUGGCAGCCCGAAGAAUAAGCAAAAGCAGCCAGUACAUGUGAGGGGGGGAGGGGAGCCGGGCCAAACGC